UUAGUUAAGUGCUGUGCUGGUCUACGUUUAUUAGUUGAGGUGACUGCGUCUUGUAUUUUUGAUCUUUUGGUUAUUUGCUUUCCGUUCGUUUCACGUUAGAUGGCCGAUGAUCGUAAUAGGCAGCCAGCUGGCCUGGAUGGGUUGCCAGAGAUGUACAGCAUUUUGAAAGGAGAGGUGGCUUCCGUGACGACAUAUGGAGCAUUUGUUAAGAUUCCAGGAUACAGGAAACAAGGUUUGGUUCAUAAGAGUGAGAUGUCUGCCUCUCGGGUAGAUAAUCCUGCUGAAAUCGUUGAUGUUGGUGAGCAAGUGUGGAUUAAAGUCAUUGGCAAAGAGAUUUAUGACGACAAGAUCAAACUCUCUUUCUCUAUGAAAGCUGUCAAUCAAGGUACAGGGCGGGACCUAGAUCCCAACAAUGUCAUGGCUGAACAGGAUGCACGCAGACGAAGGCAGUUCCGGGAUCAUACAAGUCAGAGAAUCACUUUAGAGGCUGUGCUUAACACCACAUGCAAGAAAUGUGGGUGCACAGGACACUUUGCAAAGGAUUGUUUCUCGCAACCUGGGUUGCAGUAUAGUUUGGUGCCAGAAGAGGAGGAACCAGAAUGUGCUACACAGACUACCCAAUCAGAGCCUCAGAAACAAAGGAAGGAGAAGAAAGCCAAGAAAGAGAAGAAAAAACGAAAGCGACAUGUUUCUGACAGUAUUGAUGCCAAAAGACCAAGGCACUCCCACACAGUUCUGCACACAGAAAAGAAGAAAAAGCACAAGAAACACAAACACAAAACACACAAAUAAAUGGAGAGCUGAUCACUGCAUUCAUGUGACCUUUUCAUUUGUGUUAUGCUAGAGGUAAGGGUAAAGGACUUUGUCUUUCAGUGCAGGCUUUCAUUGGUCAGUUCUGAGACCCAAUUUUAAGGAGGGGGGGGCAAAAAAACAAAUACACAAGGUUUGCUCAGUAUGGAAUAAAGUUUGAGAUUAGUGAUAAAAGGUCAAUGUGUUUGUCCAUGACAACCUCCCCUGUCAACAUGGAAUUAGACAUUCAUUACCUCAAAUUAGAUGGCACAUGGAUAUGGGAACAGCCCUAAAUUAGUAGACAUACAGAAUACAUUUACAGUAGUUAACAGUGCCAUGGCAUACUAUCCUCACUCCCUUGCCUUGGAUCUGGUGAUGGAAAUACAAGCUGAUAUAAAUAGGUUGUGAUGAACUUGUGACUGCUUUCACAGUGGUGCAGUCACCCUGCAGCACUAAAGCAAAAGUGAGGAAUCUCAGACUGUAGACACAUUGCAUUCACAAGUCAUCAAAAAGAACAAGAUAUUUUAUAGGUAUAAAAUGUUUUAUUCCCUUAUUUUGGGUGUAGUAGAAAGACAAGGGACAAACUAUUGACAACCCUUGGAAAUGUAUUUGAUCAGAGAAGACGAAGACAUCUGCAGGACCAAGGGCUGUGGAAAGGGC